AGGACGUAGUUUUUGUCCCUCUGCGGCUCCGGUAGAAUCUCUUCCGGUAGAGCUCUGCUGCUGAAUUGUGUUAGCGGUAUCUGUGAAGGUCGUGAGUCCAACAAGUGAUCCAACAUGUCUCUGCCUAAGCCUGUGAUGAGGGGGCUGCUGGGAAAGCGCCUGAGGUUUCACCUGCCCAUCGCUUUCACCCUGUCCAUCAUCUCUGCGAUAGCAUUCAAGUAUGCAGUGACGGAGCCCAGGAAACAGGCCUACGCCGACUUCUACAAGCAGUACGACUCGGUCAAAGAGUUCAACGCCAUGAGGGAAGCCGGCAUCUUUGAGAGCGUGCGGCCCUCCGGGGAGUAAACCCACGCUGCUCUUCUGUGAUUCAUUCCUUCUCGGAGGAUGACGUUUCUUCUCGCCCCACUCGGUUGUUAUUUUCUGCUUGGAUGUGAACAUCGCUAUGCUGUUAUGUUCCUCUAAAUAAAAUAUUCUAUUAAUGUA